GUUAUACAAUGCAGAACCGAAUAACAAAGACUUGUCAAGUGAAAAAGAGCAAAAGAGCAGAUAGGUUACGUGAUUUGCUUCAGUUAAGUGCCAGUGAUUCCAUAUUAUUAGAUGCGUGUGCAAGAAAGCCCUUGAACGAAGUCAAAGAAUUAUUGGAGGCUUUACCAGGGAUAAAUCCAGAUACGAUACGAGAUAGAUAUUUACGAACACCUUUACAUUUGGCUUGCAGUCGAAAAGAUGACCCCUUAGAAGCAACUUCUAUUGCUAAAUUGCUGAUUCGUUCAGGUGCGGAUGUGAAUAAUGGGGUUGGCGAUGUGGAUGGACUUCAACCAAUGCACAUGGCUGUGCUGGCCGGAAAUCAUCAAUGCGUUUUAAUGUUGUUACACGAAGGAGCCAAUAUACCAGCUUCGGAUCCUUUUCGAUUGACACCAUUAUUACUGGCAAAGUUAAAGCUGGAUAAUCUCCGACAAGUACAAGAAACGAUACACCAUGCACAGGUCGAUUGGGUGUCUGAAAGUGCUAAAGAUGAAUAUCAAGAUUUGAAGUCGAUUACUCAAGUCUUGGUAUCACAUCUGGCCAAUAAACAUAUUACAUCAUUUGGUUUACCGUCCUACGAUACGUCAGGUUACUACGGAUUAUCAGACUUUUUGUUCUUGAAGGAAUCUGACGAUUUAGACGAAACCAUCUCUCUUAUCACCGAUAAAUUAGCAACCAUUGGUAUGACGGACGAAAAUAUACAGCAAUCUGUGAAUGGAUUAAUAGAAAAGGUUAAAAAAUUGGGUAUCAAAUAAAGUUGAGCGGGGCACAUGCAAAUAAAAUAAAAAUAAAAUACACUUUUUUAUAUAAAAAGCGCGUUAAUUUCUUUUUAAUUUCUUCUUUUUCUUCUUUCCUU